GAUGACGAUCGUUGGCUCCUUUGUGUCACGCUGUCGUAUGCAGCUGCAUCUGGAAGGGACCGGUCUCGCGCUCCCCGUGUUGUCUAGCCCUCUCUACUCGGCGAAAAAAAGUACUAUUUCAUUCAUCCCGUUUCCUUCCAUUCAUCUGGGCACUGCAGCGUAGCGAAGACUUGGGGUUCGAUCAGCACCAAAAUUCUUAUCAAUGGAGAGGGUGACGUCAAUGAGCUAGAGUGACGUGCAGUCACGUGGGCGCAGUGGGGCCGAAAUAAAAACACGGAGAGCUGACCGUGGUACUGAAAAUAUCCCCAUAGCACCGCGCAAGAAAAGCCAACCAUACGACUUACACAAACGAAAUCACUGUACAAACAAAACAGCAACAUUCAAACAAAGAAUUUAUUGUUGAAGCGGAUUCUUACACGUAGAUCACGAGAAUAACUUAAAUACGAAGUUUGGAGAAGACACAAUUGGUGCGUCGGACUGCGCUGCCACUGACAGGAUUCCUGGUUCAACACAUAUGUGCGGUCAUGAUCUGGUACCAACAAACUUCAAAUGUCCCCUUCAUUUUCCUGUUCAUGUUAUUUAGUCUCACAGUCAAUCCUGCAACCUUCAGUCCAGUGCCAGCAGAUAGAAACACAGUAAGUGAAAACUAUGCAGCAUUCUCCUCUGCUCAGCAACAGGCUCAAUAUACUCAACCAGCCGAGGAACAGGGCACGCAACAUGAGGAAAAUGAUGAAGAUGAUGAGCUUUUCAAAGACAUGGAUCCUAGAACCCUAGCAGCGGUCCUUCUCGAAGCCCUCAACCAGCCCCAGAAGGAAAAGAUGAGUGAACGAGAAGACGGGGGAGCGGAAGUUGAAAGGGAGAAGGAUCUCCAGGGCUCAGACAGAGACAGAGAUGGUCACAAAGAGCUAGAGCUGGUCAUGGCAGCUGCUGCAGCGCAAGGAAAAGAUGAGAAAGAAAGAGAGGAGGAAGAGGAGAAAAAAAGGGCUGAGGAGGAGGAACGGCUAACGGAGAAAGUGACGAGCCGCACCACCAGUCAGACAGUACCAUUAAAAGAGCAGGUGGCCCCACAGGAGGGGGCCACAAAAGAGGAAGUGAUCGAGGAGGAUGAGAGGCAGGAGCCAGAGAGAGGAGAACUGGCAGAGGAGGAAGAGCAGCUGAGUCCAGAGGAAGUGAAGAAUCUGGAGACUAUGUUAGAGGAAUUCCAGAGCUACAGCACAGCCACUAAGAGAGAGCGUGACACGUUCACAGGCCAGAGGGAGAGCCGUGGGGAGUAUUUUGAUUACCUAGACCGUAAUGGCCUCAUGAACAAUAAGAUCAAGCCUAAAGCUAAAGGCAAUGACCUAGCACUGUCCAAGAAGAAGCUAAAGUGGCAGCUCGAACAAGAGAAGAACAAAAUUCAGCCCUUGCAAAGAGGAGGCAACUUCAUGGAUGACUUUUCCAACAACCUUGCUGACCCAGAGGAGGAAGAUGAGGAAGAUCAAGAGGACGAAGAACAGCUGAGCCCCGAAGAAGAGGAAACUCGGGCCAAAGCAGAGCAAGAGGAGGUACGCAGACAGGCAGCAGAGGCACAAAGAGCCAAAGUGGAGGAAGAAAAGCUUGCAGACAUUGCAUCUGACAUGCUCCUGAAAUACAUUGUGAAGCAGGACAAGAAAAAGUACCAAGACAACAAUGGUGCAGAAGAUAAGCGCUCUGAUGAGAAGGACACUAGUGACGACGAUGAUGACAUUGACCCACAGACCAUCGAUAAGUUGAUUGAGAUCUCCAGCAAGCUGCAUCUUCCUGCUGAUGAUGUGGUGGACAUCAUUAACGAUGUGGAGAAAAAGAAGAAAAAAGAUGCUCCUGAAAAUCUCCCAUGGCAACGUCCUCUCGUGCCGCCUCCAGCCCCCGUUGCACCUUCUACGCUGUUACGUAAACCUCCUCCCUCAAAGCCUCCUCAACCGAACACAAACUCAUUAAAAGCCUGGUUCAAAGACAGGGCCUCAGUCAAGCCCAGCAAGCAAGACAUUUGGACGAGGCAGCAGUGGCCCUUUCGUACCUACCCUUCCUACAGUUUCUAUCAAAAACCCUACCGGGGAUAUUACCCCAUCUACGUCCCGCCUCCAAAACCAAAAUCCCGCUACUAUCCCAAGCCCUCUUUCUCCCUCAACGAUGUCCUGGGAAACUCACUGGACUAUGACUUUGAUUACUCCCCCAGACGGAAGUCCCGUCCCUGGGCGCAGUCUCGCCAAAGAGUCCAACCAGCCUUCCAGCGAAACUUCUACUUCCCUCACCCUCGGACUUUCAAAGCCGUACCCAUGCCUAAACCCCGGUCACCUCCGCGUCGUUGGCCGUCCUUUUAUUACCCAGCCCGAGCUCCUGUAGUCACCAGGGAAGAUGAUUACUACAGUCCGCUGAGGCAGCCGCCACAGGACAACGAAGAGGAGCUGGAGAACUUCAUCGAGAGAGUCUUUAUGAAACAUCCCAGGAUGUUUCAGUGAGAAGACUGGGGGAGAAAAACAGAGCGAUGAGGAGGAGGAGAGGAAAGCGAAAGAGAACAACUUAAAGACUGUUCAUGGCCAACGUAUCAUGUUCUGGUUUCUUUUGCUGAAAUAAGUUCCGUCGUACUCAUUUGCCUCAGAUUUAAAGUUUACCCUUAAGACAGAACAUAUUCAGGAUCCUCAUGUCUAACUAACCACAUCUUCCACCCUCCUCCCCCUGGAGAGACUGAAAGACCAGCAAAGCUACUGGAGCGGUGAGAGGAAAGGGGACUUAAAUAUCUCAAAUACCCAACACUGAUGUUCUGCAGACCCCUAGAAGGCCUUUAUAAAGGAGCAGAUACCUGAUAGCAUUAAACACCAUGUUUUCAUCCAAUACAAAGACAUUCAAGAUGGAAUCUUGAAAGAUUUGCCAGUAUUAUGAAAGCAACUCCAUUAAGUCUUAUUUAAGUAUCCUUUUUUUGUUUUGUUUUGUAUAUUUUGGACAUUUAAAAUCCCAGUGGUCAGUAUCAUUGAUCAUAAUGUAAAGAGAGAUAGCAAAAAAUA